GACGGCUAAGUUGUAAAACGAAUGUGCGACAAUUUGCCAAACCCUUCGUUAAGACUGGUUGUGUGGUGUUCGAAGUGCGGAGCUUAAGUCGCGAUGAAAAGUGGGAGGGUGAUCAGCCUGUUCGUGGUUUGGUUACUGCUCUGUUUAGCUGUUUGGAUUGAAGCAAGAUACUCGAAGACGGUAAAAGAAAGUCAUCGCAGCGCAGAAGAAAAGCAAGAUUUCUUGAUCAAAACAUUGGGAGAGUUUGACAUCACUUACCCAACUGAGUUAGAUCACCGUGAUGAGGUGAUCGAUCAUGUGACAACCCUUUCCAGCCAUCGACGUCGCCGGAGGAGCCUGACAGAAGAAGCUGGGCCCAUCAUCUAUCAGGUCCAGUUUAAAGGAAAGACUAUUAAAUUAAACCUACGAAUAAACACGUUGCUUUUCGGAUCAGAUUUCACUACCGAGCGAUAUAAAGAAGACGGCACUAUUGAAAGAACCAAAUCCUCAGACCUUCACUGCUAUCUUGUCGGCGAAACAGAAUCAUUUUACAGUAGCGUGGCUAUAAGUGAUUGUGAUGGACUGGCAGGAAUCAUAGAUCUCGGAAAUGACACAAUUUAUAUCGAGCCUGUGCUUAACAAAAGCCUGGUGACACAUCGAGGCUGGACCAGACCAGGAAGACCUCAUCUGAUGUAUAGAAAAGCUGUCUUAGAAGAAGAAGUUCCACACAACUUGGAGUUUGACGAGUUUCAAACGGAGGACUACCCUACGGGACUGAAAGCGGACGGAGAACCGAAUGAAGCCGAAGCAGCUCGCUCUUUAAGCGCUUACCUUCAAAUAAUAAACCGCUCAGGCCGAGCGAUCAAGAUGUAUUAUGUCUUCGAGGGAAAAGAAAAAUACUUUCGAAUCUUAACAAAAGGAGCAACACUGGAAAUAGAUACUUAUACGGUUCAUAAAUGGAUAGCUAAAGACUACGACACCGGCAAAGCGCUCUUUCUCAAUAGGCAAAAGACUUACACACCACCAACAGGCACCAAUGCUAAAAAACCAGCCAAUGUUUACGUCACUAUACCACCUGGACUUAAGCUUCCCGACCCCUUGGGUCCCGCUCAGCCAAACAGCCACAUAACAUUCAUCAACAAAUCAAAUCGCUUUGUGAAGAUUUACUACAUCGAGGAUGGCGAGACGAGAUUUUUUAGCAAUCUUUCUCCUGCAGAGGAAAUGCAUGUGAAUACUUUCACCUCUCACCGGUGGUUUGCCAAGGACCUGGAUACAGGCAAAUCUUUCCUUGUGAACGGAGAAAAACAGUACAUCCCGCGGGAAUCGCAUAUUGAUCGUCGGAUACAUGUUGCCAUUACCGUGCCAAGUACAAUCUCCCUGCCUGAUAUGAAGUUCCCUGAAAUGGUCAAAACCCAACCAAAAUACAUAGAAGUAAUGGCAGCCGCUGAUAGUUCUGUGGUGAAGUUUCAUGGCAAAGAGAAAGCAGAGAAAUAUGUCUUAACUUUGAUGAACAUAGUCUCCAGAAUAUUUCAGCACAAGUCAAUUGGUGCUCCUAUCUAUUUUGUGGUCGUUAAACUUGUUCUUCUGGAAAGAGACCCGAGAGAAAUCAAAAUUACCGGCAAACCGAUGGCAAGCUUAUCAAGUGUUUGUUACUGGGGCCAUAAGACGAGGAAAGGCUUUGACAAAGUCGACAAAGAUUUUUACGAUCAGACCGUGUUUCUUACAAGAAAAGACUUUGGACCUUCAGGUUACGCCCCAGUUCACGGCAUGUGUUAUCGAGUACGAAGCUGCACUCUGAACGAAGAAGACGGAUUCACUUCAUCAUUUAUCAUCGCUCAUGAGACAGGACAUACGCUAGGAAUGGAACAUGAUGGAGUGAAGAACAACUGUUCUAAUGACGUCAUCAAAGGCAGUAUCAUGGCGCCUCUGGUGCGUUCCCGGUUUGACCGCUUCUACUGGUCUUCCUGUAGUCGGCGGGAUCUGAUUACGAAACUCAGAGCUCUUUGGUGUAUAGAUGACGUACCAUUUAGAAAUGAAAUACCAUACUUGAAGAAGCUUCCAGGCCAGAUUUACUCUAUUGAUGAACAAUGUCAGCGUGAAUUUGGUAAAAAUACCAGAUUCUGUAGCGGGAUGAAGCGCGAUCCGUGUAAAGAGUUGUGGUGCAGCCGUUUGUCCUUUUCAACUUAUAACAACCGCUUUUGUCAAACAAGACGUACAGCGGCCUUGGAAGGAACAAAAUGCGGAGUUGAUAAAUGGUGUCGAUUGGGAGAAUGCGUCCCGGUGGAUGAUGAUGAAGAUAUCAGCAUUCCUCUGCCUCGACCAAAAGUUAAACCGGUUCAUGGUGGCUGGAGUGAAUGGAGUGGACUCAGUGAAUGUUCAAAACCGUGCGGUGUAGGGAUCCGUUACCAAACAAGGAAGUGCAAUAAUCCAGUGCCUCAAAACCUCGGGAGACCUUGUGAGGGGGAAGAUGCUAAAUUUGAACUUUGUAACACUGAGGACUGCCCUGGUCAGCUGUUAACGUUUGAGGCGUCAAGAAAUGAACAGUGCAAGAGACGCGCACCUUUGAUUUUACCAGAAAUUGCCGGCAACUGGGCAGCACAUGAUAUCUUUAAAGCGAGCAUCGACUGUGACUUUGAGACUGGUCUGUGUGGCUGGACAAAUGAUGCUCAUGAUAAUUAUGACUGGAAGCACAACAAGGGUCGCACCCCGACCGCUGGUACAGGACCCUCCGCAGAUCACACUAAAGGAAGAGAUGGCCAUUACGUAUUUUUGGAGACCUCUCGGCCACUUAACCCUCAAGACAAGGCCCGUUUGAUCAGUCCGUAUAUAGGACUUAAGGUUGCAUGUCUAAAGUUCUGGUAUCAUUCGUUUGGUGACAAUGCACAUAUGGGAGAGCUUCAACUUAUCAUCAAAAGCGAUACAGGCGAAAAAGUUGUCUGGGCGGUUAACAGGAAUAGAGGAGACAAUUGGGUAUGGAGGCACGUCACGAUAUUCAGCAAGAGGCCAUAUAGGAUCGUAUUCCAAGGAGUGAGAGGUGACGGAUACCUCAGUGAUUUCGCUUUGGAUGACAUCUCACUUGAAAACAACCCAUGUGGCCUGGGAAUGAUGAGAUUCACAACAAUUAACAACAGACUCGACCUCAAUCCUUGUCAACAGUUCUGUGAGGCAACUGAGAACGGCAAAAGGGUUGAUAUCGUACCACUGGACGUCGAAAACGGAACCAAAUGUAACGACGAUCUGACAUCGUUUGAUGUCUGUAUUCAGAGUAAAUGUCAGAAAGUCGGAUGUGAUGGCAUCGUUGGAUCAAAUAAAACUCUGGACAAUUGUGGCGUUUGUGGCGGCGACGGUCACUUAUGCACACCAAGUGAAGGAUCCAUCUCUUUGUUACCUAAAGAAGAUCUUCAGACAUUACUCGAGUGUCCGGUGGGGUCAACCAACAUUAUGUUGGAGGACACAUCCCCCAAUUUCUUAGUUCUAGAAGCUAUGGGUGCAGAGAAACAGUAUUUGAAUGGGGCCGAGGUGAAAUCCGUCUCCUCAGUGUACAAAUUUGCUGGCGCGAAGUUUAUUUAUACACGACAUGGAAACAAAGAGAGUCUCAAUGCGCUGGGGCCUCUCACGGAUAGGAUCAAAGUGAAGGUAAAGAUUAGUGAGUCACCAGCGCCUGUAACUCUGCGUUAUUCGCUUAACAAACCAAACAGCAAUGAAAGUGAUUUCUAUUGGUCUCAUCUCAAAUGGUCUGAAUGUUCCAGAACCUGCGGAGAAGGAAUACAAAUACGCAUAUACAGAUGCCUCAAAAGAGAAGACGACAAUGAAGUUUCAGAAAAAAACUGCUUUUCCGUCAAUAAACCCGAACCUUUGACCAGACCUUGUAAUUUAACAGCAUGUGAGAGGUAUGAAUGGAGGGUCUCUGAGUGGAGCGACUGUUCAAAGCCAUGUGAUCGUGGAAAGCAAAACCGUACUGUAGAAUGCAAAGGUGUCUUGGGUAAAAUGCUGGUUAACUCCUCACUUUGUACAGCGGAUAAACCUGAAAUCGAACAAAUAUGUAACGAUGAUUCGUGUCCUGCAAAGUGGGUUACGGGAAACUGGUCAGAGUGUUCACGAACGUGUGGGAGCAGUUACCAGUCUCGCUCAGUAGAGUGCCGCGAUAUACUGGGGGCCUUGUCUUUGAAUUGUCCAAGGGAAACAAAAGAAGGCAUUAUUAGGAGAUGUAGGAAAGAGCCAUGUGCAGGUGAAGAUUUUGUCAACAUUUCAUGUACUUUCGAGCAAGGUCUUUGCGGUUGGGAGAAUGUACGUGGAUCUAGUCUAGAUCAAUUUGACUGGACUCUGUGGAACAGCAGUACACCAAGUAGGAAGACAGGCCCCUCCGUAGAUCACACUCAUGGGACAUCCAAAGGUUUUUACGUUUACAUAGAGGCAUCAGAUCCACAGAAACGAAAUUAUCGCGCCAGGUUAGCAAGUCCACUGGUGAAGGCUAAAAGAGUGUGUAUUGACUUCUGGUAUCAUAUGUACGGGGCAAAUAUGGGCUCGCUCCGGGUUAUCCACAGGGACCCAAAAUCCAGAAGAGAACGGCGAUUAUGGUAUAAGUCGAAAAACCAACUCAAUGAAUGGCAUAAUGAGCGACUUCUCGUCUCAUCUUACUUGCCUUAUCAGAUUAUAUUUGAGGCAGUUCGAGGUAGAGGAUUUUCCAGUGACGUAGCACUAGACGAUAUUAAAGUGUCGAGCGGUAGCUGUCCUUCCAAAAAUACCAAAACACGUGGCUCAAAAUCGGUGUAUCGGUGACCGGUCCAAAUACUGCAAAACUGCACUGCGUCUUAACUGGUGUUCUUCGAGGAAAUGGGGGCCAAUUUGCUGUAAGACUUGCGAACUGUAUGCACAGAGCGGAUCGAAAUGAUCUCCUCACACCACGAUACAGCAUCAUUCGAGCAAUUGCCUGUUUUGUGUUUAUUACAUAUGCAUUACGUAUUACAGAUGUAGAAUGCAAGAUUUGCACAUGUUGAAAACGAAUAUCUGUACAGUAUAAACUGAAAACAAUUAUAUGAAAGGCCGUUAAGGAUAUUUGUCCAAAUCAAAUUGUAGGCAUUCUAAAGGCAAAAUUCAAACGAAAUUACUGAAUUAUACAAUUAUAUCCUAUAAACGAUUUUCUAUUAACAAACCAUUUUUGUGGGAAUUUAUCAAAUUGAGUUUACUGACAUGGAAGUGUCCUGGUUGGAAAAUCUUUCUAUCUUGAAUAACUGCAUGGUUCAGUUCAUAUGCAGAUGUACAAAUAGGUAGAUUUUUGUAAUUGCUGCAGAAAAUGAAAGUUAUUAAUGCCUUAGCCUCCCUUUUAAGAUGCCCUAUAAGGGGGUGUUGUUGUAUCAAAGGAUAGUGUUAAGUGUCCACAGCUAGAUAGGCUUCAAUUCACCCCUUAGAGCAUCCACUUAUGGAGCAAGCAAUGCUCACUCAUGAAGCCUAGCAUCAAAUGUACAGAAAAAGGACAUGUUGCCUAACUGUAGAACUUGUAUACCAUUUAGAGCUCAAGGUGGAGGAAAAUUAUGUACAUCAACAUUGUAUAGACUGUGGUUUUUAAAAGUGAUAUUAAAAAAAAUGGGCAAAAUAUAGAUGUAGUUGCCAAAAGAAUGUAGACAUAAAUUGAUUGCUCCUUUUUCCAUUUUCCCAUUCUUUUUCCCUCUCAGAGAGGCUUGUGGCAGUUCUUGCACCCUACUUCACAUUUAAUGGCACUAACCACACAAUGCUGAUCACUUUGACUCAUGAAAGCCAUAUUCACAAUGAAUUUCUCUUCACAAUUUCCACACACUAUCCAGCAAAAAGGUGACAAGAAUUAGGGGUAUAGCUGAGAUUUUACAAAGGGGAUUCAAACUACCGGUAUGUCACUUCCAAGGUGACAACAUGACUGUCAUGUUGAUAUCCACACUAUGUUUUUCUUAAAGUAACGUUUUGUUAGAAGUGUAUU